CUUUGCAAUAAAAAGUAUAUAAAAAUGAAGAGUGCAAACACUCAAAUGGACAACGAUGUUACACCAGUCUACUUGGCAGCGCAGGAAGGGCAUUUGGAAGUGCUGAAGUUUUUGGUUCUUGAAGCAGGCGGUUCACUUUAUGUACGCGCACGCGACGGCAUGGCACCGAUACACGCUGCCUCCCAAAUGGGAUGUCUGGAUUGCCUUAAGUGGAUGGUUCAAGACCAAGGAGUUGAUCCCAAUUUACGAGAUGGGGAUGGUGCUACCCCCUUACACUUUGCUGCUUCACGAGGUCAUCUUUCCGUCGUUCGCUGGCUGCUUAAUCAUGGUGCAAAGCUUUCACUGGACAAAUAUGGCAAAUCACCAAUUAAUGAUGCCGCAGAAAAUCAACAAGUAGAGUGUCUAAACGUGUUAGUGCAACAUGGCAGCUCGGUGGAGUACAGUUGUCGUGACAAGAACCCCUUGCAACGGCAUAAAACUUGUUCCUUAUCUAGCAAGCAACUGCAGGAGACGCAAAACUGUAGUAGUUUCAAUGGUAGCGACAGUGUUAACUGUAUCGGCAACUGCUCUCAUGGGAGCUGCAAUUCAAAUAGCAGUAAACAGACUAGCCGCAGCAACACCAUAAAAUCGAAGACAUCGUCGACUUUAAGCUCAGACAUUGAGCCAUUUUACUUGCAUCCACCAUCUAGUAUGAUGGCUCACAAGCGUGUUGACGCGUUUUACGCACACUCGCAACAUUCACGGUCAUCUUCUGAAAAAUUGUACAAUAGUCAAAUGGUGCCGAGCGAUGGCUUGUAUAUCAAUCCAAUGCGUAAUAGCUUCUUCAUGCCCCCCUCACCCACUGGAAGCGUUUCGGGAGAAUCAUUCUUUCUUCACGAUCCGCAAGAGCUAAUUUAUAAUCGGGUGCGAGAGUUGUUUGACUCGGACUGUAGCAGCGUUAGGCAAUCAAAGCCCAAAAUCAAUCGACACAAAUCUCAAAAUAAGAACAACAAAUCGAAUUCAAUAAACAAUGCUGUGACCGUACAGGCAGAUGUCCACUCAAGCUCAAGUGGCACUGGAAGUGGAUCCGAGGAGUCUAUUUCAGUUUCAGUUCAAUCAAGUAUGAAUUCGCCCAAGGCAAACAAUCUUCGGAGCCACAGUUUCAAUCUUCAUCCAAAGUGCAACAAUCAAAUAAGCCGUCGUGAUCAAAAUUUAAAAAACAGCAUUGGUGUUAAAAUGAGUACCAACAAAAUUUCAAAAAUAAAUGAUAAUAUAAUAUCUGGGCUCAACUACAAUAAAAAUAAUAUCUGUAGCAGCAACAAUAAUAUAAAGAAAGAGAACCAAAAUGAAAUUUCAAAACCAUCGAACUCAAAUAUUUUGAACAAUGAAAAGCACGCGGCGGAAAAUGCGCAUGAUCAUGAUUACGAGGAUAUAUACUUGGUGCGUGAGGAAGCUCGAAAAAAUCAACACAAAUUUGCAUCUGGCCGAUCUCGGUCUCGCGAUAGUGGUUCUCAUUCACGUUCAGCUAGCACCUCCUCAACUCGCAGUACAGAUGUCGUACUCCAAUACAGCAAUCAUAACCUGAAGAACAAACACAUAAGUGACCCACUGAGUCGAAACAAAUCGCAAUCGGCCAAUGGAUUACACAGAUAUGAAAUGUCGCACAAGGAAAGUUAUACCGUUAAAAACUUGAAUGUUAAGAACCAGCUGAAGACAAGUAAUAACAACAAUAAUGGUGGCAUUAAGAGCGAUACGUAUGAAAGCGUAUGCCCAAUAGAAGAUAUUGCGGAGCGCACAAAGCAAUCACACAAAAACUCGGUUAUUCGAAAUAAUCUGGACAGCGGCAGCUCCAACAACAUAUUUCAAUCAUCAUGCGGCAAUGAUGGAAACACAAGCGAUCGCCACUUGAAACGAGUUUCUUCUGCUCCGCCUAUACAAAGCGUAGCAAUUGGUACCACCACCUCCUCCAUUGCCGCCACCGGUGAAUGCUUCCUUACAUAAAAAUGACCAAUUGAUUGCAACAGAACCUGGAAGCGCUUGCCUAAUCAAUUCAAAUACCAAUUUGGAUUACAUAGAUUCCGAUUCGGGCCUAGAGGUCAUAGAAGAACCAAGUUUACGUCCAUCGGAGCUAGUCAGAGGAAAACAUAACCGAACUAUGUCUACAAUCUCGGGUAAGGUUUUAAAUCUCCAGUAAAUCUACAUUUUCAGGGAUAGUUCAAUCUCGGUGUUUCACCGCUUUUUAUAAGUUUUUAUUGGAGGUAGAAAAAUAACACCGUUAU